GUGCAACUGUCUGCAACAACAUAACAUUUCGACUUCUAAUAUCUUUAGUGAAAUCAUGAAAGAAACUGAAGAAUCUAACCUUGCUCAAAACCCAUCGUUGAAAAGAAGAACGAGUCUUUCAUUUAUAAGUGCCUUCUCUGCCUGCCUCGGUCCUGUACAAUUUCUUCAUACAAGAAUUCUCCUUCCAAUAAGGGAACACAUAGAGAAGAUCACUUUUGACAUCAACGAAGAGAAGGACUUUGGAGACAUUGUGCAGGUGAAAAUUAAAAAUGACAAAGCUGAAUGGUUUUGUAAAUUUGUCGAAGUGAAAUCUCCCUCUGGAAAGUCCUUUAAGUUCCCCUGUUAUCGUUGGAUAGAAAAGAAGGAAGUGGCGAUCAGAGAGGGCAGUGCUCGAUUGCCUCAGGACGACACGUUGGUUUUUAAAAAGGAAAGCGAUGAAGAACGUGAAUCUAAAAAGGAUACAUUCAGAUGGAUAGAGAGCAACGAACACUUCUCUCAGGACCUACAUACCAAACGGGAGGAACUGCCUUUAGACGUUCAGUUUGAUGAAGAUAAAACAUCACACUUUGACCAGAGUUUACGAAAUGUGAAGUGGAAUACAGUUAAAGAAUGGGGUAAAUAUCUGUUUCAACCCUGGAAUAAAAUUGAACAUUUUGAACAGAUAUUGGCAGAUUGGAACAGCGAGACGACUCUUCUAGUGAAUGUGAAGGAAGACUGGGAUACGGAUUACAUGUUCGGCUAUCAGUUUUUGAAUGGCUGCAAUCCUGUCAUGAUCAGGAAAUGUGUGGAACUUCCAAAGACAUUUCCAGUCACAUAUGAGAUGGUGAAGGGAUCUCUGCAGAGAGGUUUCACCUUAGAACAGGAAUUAGAGAAAGGAAACAUCUACAUAGCAGAUUAUGAAAUCUUGGAUGGAUUGGAACCCAAUAAGAAACACCAAAACAACCCGUACUUUUUGACUGCACCCAUCUGCCUACUGUACAACAACAAAAUGGACCAAAUUGUGCCAAUUGCCAUUCAGCUCAGUCAAAAACCGGGGAAAAGGAGCCCGAUCUUUCUCCCAAAUGAUAAUGAACACGAUUGGAGGCUUGCCAAGAUGUGGGUAAAGUCUUCAGACUUUAAUGUACACCAGCUGGUCACACACCUUCUCAAGACCCAUCUUAUAUCAGAGAUGUUUGAACUAGCCAUGUACAGACAGCUCUCUCCAGUCCACCCAGUAUACAAGUUGCUGAUACCUCAUGUCCGUUUCACAAUUGCAAUCAAUACACAAGCUCGUGAAAAGCUCAACAGUGAAGACGGGGUCUUCAGCAAGAUUAGUAGCAUAAGUGCUGAUGGGAUUGAGGAAUUGAUGAAAAGGGCCAUGAAGACUUUUACCUACAAGUCCAUGUGUUUCCCUGAGGCUAUAAAUGCUCGAGGGAUGGAAAAUACUCCCAAGUACUACUAUAGAGAUGAUGGCAUGAAGAUCUGGGAGGCCAUAUACAGUUUUGUUGACCAGGUGAUCAAGAUCUACUAUGACAGUGAUGAGAAGGUUAAAGCCGAUGUGGCGACUCAACAUUUUGUUAAGAACGUUAACUAUGGGAUGGAGAACUUCCUCAGUGGCAUGAAGGACCCCGAGGGUAAAAAGUUUCCACUCUCUUUGAAAACUCGUGAGGAGCUUGUCAAGUACCUCACUGCAAUAAUAUUCAAUGCUUCAGCACAGCAUGCCGCAGUCAACUUUGGACAGUUUGAGUGGUAUGGCUGGAUUCCCAACAGUCCUUCAACCAUGAGGCAGCCGCCUCUCCAAGAGAAGGGCACAGUGGAUCCGAAACCUAUCAUGAAUACUUUGCCUGACCGUGGUUGUAGCUUUGAGGUUCUCAGGACAGUUUGGCUCCUCACUCAGUUCCAGGACAAAGAGCGGUGUUUAGGCAUGUAUCCAGAUGAGCACUUCACCGAGCAACCAGUGAAGGAAGCCAUUUUGACUUUCCGCAACAAACUAGAUGAGCUGACCGACAUCAUCAAGCGCCGGAACAAAGGAUUAACAAUGAGUUAUUGUUAUUUGUCCCCACACCAAAUCCCCAACAGUGUUGCAAUUUAAGAAAAUGUUUCAAAACAUAACCGUAGCGUUUACGACCUGAAUGCUUGAUAUAGAGAAGAACAGUUCUACUUACAAUAUGUAAUAGUUUGGCAAACCACAGAGCAUUGUGCCAUUUUUGGGAGUUUUUUAUAAACUAUGUUUGAUUCAUGCUUAUUGAAACUUAAGUUAGGGAUCUAUCUUAGGGGUGAUUGUUGGUACAGCUCAUGCCAAGAAAUCAGAACCUUUUAUUUGGCAUCGCUUUGAAAGAUCACACAAACUCCAUUUAUUGUCUUUCUUUUUAUUCUUGUCUUUAUUCAAUUACAUUUGCAUAAUGAGAUAUCCAUAUUAUGGUAUUAAUCAACAGAUGUUUUGAUUCAUUUACAUUGUCUUCAUUACUCAUGGUAUAUGGUUUGUUUGUUUUACAUGAUCUUUUACUGUUAUUGAAAACUUGACCUUAGUUAUAUUGACAUCUUAUAUCUGUAUUGAUUUAGAUGAUCUCAUAUACACAUGUUUUCAGUGGUUGUGUGACAGUAGAUUGUGGAGGGAAAUGUAGUUUUAGCUUACAGUAUAUUCAGUAUGAGCGAGGGUUUUUAUUGUGUUACCUUUAGGUUUAGCUUGUAAGGAUUUGCUUUUAUGGGUGUGAACUAUUUGCUAAGGAAUUGUUUUUUAUAAUGUGUUUUAAACAUUUCUGACUGCACUUUAAAUGGUUGUUUCAUUGGUUGUUUUAUC